AUGCCUACAUUUAUUGGUUCAAUAGAUCAAGGAACGACUUCUUCCCGUUUCUUGAUAUUCGAUUCAAAAGGUGCUUUGAUAGAUUAUCAUCAAGUCGAAUUUGCUCAAUAUUAUCCUAAUCCUGGUUGGAUUGAACAUGAUCCUAUUGAUAUUCUUGAAUCAGUUUAUGAAUGUAUUGAGAAAGGACUAAAAAAAUUUAUUGAUAAAGGCUAUUCCGUUACGGAUAUUAAGGCUAUUGGAGUUACCAAUCAAAGAGAGACUACUAUCGUUUGGGAUAAAUUUACUGGAAAACAUCUCUGUAAUGCUAUUGUUUGGUGUGAUGCUCGUACCCAUCAUUUGGUACAUGAUUUAAAUAGUAAACAUGGAACAAAUGCAUUAAAAGAACUUUGUGGACUUCCUAUUUCAACUUAUUUUUCUGCAGUAAAACUUAAGUGGCUUCUUGAAAAUGUAUCCACAGUUAAAGAAGCUCAUGAAAAUGAGACCAUGAUAUUCGGAAACGUUGAUACUUGGCUUAUAUAUAAUUUAACCGGCGGAAUUGAUGGUGGAUUGCAUAUUACUGAUGUAACAAAUGCCUCCAGAACAAUGUUAAUGGAUAUCAAGAAAUUAGAAUGGAGUGAUGAAUUACUUAAAUUUUUUGGAAUUAAAAAAUGUAUUCUCCCAAAAAUAUGCUCUUCUUCGGAAGUAUACGGUAAUAUCAAAAUAACCAGUUUGGCGGGAAUCCCAAUUGCUGGUGAUCUAGGCGAUCAACAUUCUGCCAUGGUGGGACAAAAAUGUUUCAACCGAGGUGAAGUGAAAAACACUUAUGGUACAGGAUGUUUUAUGUUAUUUAAUACUGGUGCAGACCCUGUGAUUUCCAAAUCUGGUCUACUUACAACUGUAGGCUAUAAAUUCGGUAAUGAGGAACCAGUGUACGCUCUUGAAGGUUCAAUUGCUGUCGCUGGAUCAGCAAUUAAAUGGGUUCGUGAUAACUUGGGUAUUAUAAAUGAAACUAAUGAAAUUAAUAAUCUUGCCGCUUCCGUUAAUGACACUGGUGGUGUCUACUUUGUAACUGCUUUUUCUGGCUUGUUUGCUCCUUAUUGGCGUGAUGAUGCUCGUGGUUGUAUCGUUGGAAUCACUCAAUAUACAAAUAAGUCUCAUAUUGCUCGUGCCACUUUAGAAGCGGCAUGUUUCCAAACACGCGCAAUUUUGGAUGCUAUGAAUACCGAUUCAGGUCAUCCUAUAACCUCUCUUAAAGUAGAUGGUGGUAUGACAAAUUCAGAUAUCUGCAUGCAAAUUCAAUCUGAUAUUCUUGGAAUUGAUGUAGAUCGUCCAUCAAUGAAAGAAACAACUGCUUUAGGUGCGGCUAUUGCUGCCGGUUUCGCUGUUGGUGUAUGGAAAUCUUUUAGUGAAUUAGAUGAAGUUAAUAGCAAAGACCGAACAAUUUUUUCUCCUAAAGUGUCUAAAGAGGAAAGUGAACAAAAAUAUAAAACAUGGCAAAAAGCUAUUGAAAGAAGUUUAGAUUGGGCUUAAAAAUUAUUAUUUUUUUUUUUCUAUUUAAUAAUAAAACUUCAGUAUGGUCUCUUAAUAAAAUGUAAUUUAA